GGUAACAUCCGGUCCGUCUGUUUAAUGCAUCCCCUCCAGCACCCGGCAUUGAUGAGCCGAGUGGGUUGCAGGUAAUUGUGAACAUGAAGAACAAUUGCAUGCAUGAAGCGUGUCUGUACCUGGAACUGUGCAACCACACAGAGGACAAGGUCUUUCCUCUCCAUACAUCCAUUGUUUUAUUUUUAAUGUCCUACUGUGAAUCCACAUCAAUUAAAGUGUUCCUGGUGCCUAACGAAGACAGUACUAGCAAUCUCUUGUGGAUGAAAGGAGCACCAACCAACAUUCCUAUCAAUAUCCUUUCCCAGCAGGAACUGCCUCCUGUGGUUAAGAGUUGUCGUCUGCCUGCUCUGGUGGAAAAGGAUGGGAAUUUUUGUCGAGCUGGUCUUGCUGUGGUACUGAGACAUAUUAUAUGGAGAACCUGUGAAACAGACUGCAACAGGAAAGAUGUUUCAGAGCUGCUUGGCUUCAAAAAGACCUGUUUGAAGGCCUGUGCUGAGGUGAGCCAGUGGACCAGGCUGUGUGAAAUUAGCAUUCCGCUGGCUGUGGAAGGCUUCCUGAAAAAUUUAAGUGACCAGAGAGUAACUAUUCCACCUGAGAUACUACACCUUGAGCACAAACUGAGGGAACCUGUGCGAGUUCAUAAUGAUGACAAGAUUCGUCGGCAGAAGUUGCAGCUAUUAUCCAAGGAAAGUAAUGAGGUGUCCGUUGAAAAUGGAUCGAAAAGAUCACUGGAAUUUUACUCUGAUGGAAGGGAUGACACACCACGAGAAAGGAAGAAGGAAAAUAAGGAUACUGAGUUGGGCAGCCUGGAACUGAAGACAGCUCUUUCUAAAUUAACUAUGGAACAAGUACCAGCUGUGACCAACAGGGAGCAGUCCUGCAUUAGGAAAGUGAAGACAACUGAUCUUCCACCAUUGGAACAUAUCUUUGCUGAGGGGCUUUAUUUCACUCUCACAGACGUGGUCUUGCUGCCUUGUCUUCACUACUUUUUUGUUUCUCUUGGGGAUUGUCGAGACGAGACGCUGAAAACUUUGCCCUUACUGGCCCGCUGGUACCAACGUGUUCAGGAAGUAUCUGGAGUGAAGAAGGCGGCUGCAAGCUGUGGCAUUCAUCUUCUCAACCUCUCUGCUCCUUUACCUUCCUCAAGUGCGGCAGUUUCGAGUUCCUGUAAACCUAAGAACGACAAGGAUGAAACCACAGACAUCUACUUCCGAGGUGGCCCAAGGCCCACCAUGAAUAAGCUAGAAGAGAAUGGAAUUUCCGCAAAUUUCACAUCACAUCCGUAUCCGUCGUGGAGCCUGGACUGGGGAAACCUUCCAGUAGCUGUAAACCCCAUAGAAGGAAGGCUCUCAUGCGAGCGUGCCCUACGGAAGCAGCAACAGUUGGACAACAUCAUCUCCAUUGUGACCAAAUUAGCCAAGCCUGGUGAUACUAUUGUAGAUUUCUGCAGUGGUGGGGGACAUGUGGGGAUUGUUCUUGCUCACACUUUGCCAUUAUGCCAGGUGAUCUUAGUGGAAAACAAAGGAGAAUCCCUAAUACGUGCCAAGGACAGGUGUGAUGACCUUAAAUUAAACAACAUCUGGUUCAUUCAAGCUAAUCUGGAUUAUUUCACAGGACCGUUUGAGAUUGGUGUUGCACUUCAUGCAUGUGGAGUGGCAACGGACAUGGUGAUUGAUCAUUGCAUGAAGGCACAAGCAGCCUUUGUUAUCUCUCCAUGCUGUUAUGGCUUCAUACAGAACACAGUCAAGUUUUCUUUCCCCAGAAGCCAAAAGUUCAGCAGCAUAUUGUCAUAUAAGGAACACAUGAUUCUGUGCAGGUUUGCAGAUCAGACAGCUGUUCACCUCCCUCCAGAACGCAAGAUAAUAGGGAAGAAGUGCAUGGGCCUAGUAGAUCUGGAUCGAGCCUGCUCAGCGGAGGAGUGUGGAUACAUGGCUUACGUAUCAUCAAUGGUGCCAGACAGUUGUUCACCGAAAAAUAAUCUGAUAGUGGGGAGUUUGUCAGGUCGUUGUCUCAAUUUAAGUGCAUAAUGUCACAAACUCAGUGAUCAUAGCUCUAAGACAAGAGAGCCACUUUGUUACACUGUGACCUGCUUGUCAGAGGACAGCUUCUCUCAAUUAUCCUGCUCAGAAGCAUGCUGAGGCUUUGUGUUAAUCAAUAUCCUGCACAGCAUCCCUAAUUCUGUGCUUUCUUACGCCCAAUGACUUCUGUUUAAUUGAAUGAGGUCCUCACACUUAUCUUGAAUGACAUAUAGGGAAAGUUAACUUCCCAGCAAAUACUGCAAACCUCCUGCAGUUGUGUAGUUUAACCAGUUUUAGCAAAUGGUAUCUAUGCAUGUUCUUCACAUACUUGUAAAUCCUACUUUGUUUAAUUAUGUUCUACAAAAGAUGAAAGUCGCUGAAAUAUCAUGUAUACUUGAUCUGGACCAAGAAAGGAACUAUUAAAUAUUUUUAUCCUUUUACUUCAUGUCACAAAGCAAAUCCACUUGGAUUGUAAAAUUCACUCUGCUCAGCUGUGUUUCAAAUGGAACCAGAAAUUAUGACCUCUUGUACCAUGGGAAACUGCCUUGUACAAAGUUACUGCUUUUGCAUUGUUGUGGUUUCUUCUUCAAGCUUCUAUUUUCUUGAUAAACUCCAUCUUUGCCUGCAGAUAAUUCAAUAAUAUUUUCUUUAACCUAUCUCAAGAUUUCAUUUUCUACAGUCAACACAAUAUAUUGCAAAAGCAGAAGUAUCCAAAUGACUCAAAAAUAUUACAGGUCUUACAUUUGCAGAUGAAGCAGGGAAUUCAUUCAUUUAAAGCAAAAAAACUAAUAUCACAAACCUCUACUCUUCUGAUGUUUUUCAACCAUUCAUCCCCAGUAAUAUCUGCAAGACCUCUCUUCAUUUUGUUCUUUCCUCAGACACAGAAGUUGCAGGUGAGGUGUUCAAGACAUACCUCCUAUAUUUAAGCAAUAACUAUGUUGCCCAUAUGGUUGUGAAGAUGGGUUGUCUUGUGGCUCAAAACUGUACGUAAAGUUUAAUCUUUUCUGUGUAUUUCAGUAAUCGUCUUGGUUUAUUAUGGGUUUUCCAGUAAUCUGGGAUAACUUUUUACCCCGUCUCUUGUAUAGUUCUUUUCUUAUGACAGUGUUAAGAUUUUUUAUGACAAAAUCAUUUUCAUGGAAGCAAUUAUUUUAAUUGAUAUAUUUUUAGAACAAACAAGCAGAUGUAACAAUGUUGUUCAAAAGAAGUUAAUGUAUGAUUCAGUGUUCAAUUAUAUUCUUGUAAUCAGGUGUUUCCAGAGUUAUUUUGACAUUAGAAAUAAUAGUAAUAUCACUAAAAGUUAACUGAUCAAGCAUGGUUCAUAAUCUUAAUGUUUUAUAUGUCCAUGCAAUUUAUUCUCAGUUAGGAAAAAAACACACAUCAAUCACCAGCAUUUUUGGUUUUACCUUUAUUUGUUGAAUAAUUCCCAUCUAAAAGGUUUAAAUAACCAAGUAAACAUUUUAUUUCAAGUCAUUUGGAAAAUGAUAGACAUGUGAAGGAGAAAAAUGCAUUUUGCUGGUACCAUCAACUUGAUGGUGAUCAAAUCAAGAUUUAAUAUUGAUAUUUAAAAUGAGCAACUCACUUCAGUAUGUUACAUGUUACAGAAGAACACAAAUUCCAAAUCUGUGUUUCAUAUCAGCUGAACCAUUGAGUUAUGACUGGUGUUAGAUUUUCAUAUAGUUUCCAAAGUUGCUCAAAAUUGUUUGAGGAUCCUAAAAAUAUCAGACAGUGACUACUGUCUCUUAAUCUCAUUUUCAAAAUCAUAGUUAUAUCAGUUACAAAGCGAUACUGUGCUCUGCAUCACAUCAGUGACUACACUUCAAAGGUACAUCAUUGUCUGUAAAGCACUUUGGAAUUUCCUAUACUGUAAAAAACACAAUAUAAAUACAAGUCUUUCUUCCUUUCCUAUUCAAAAUGAUGUUGCCUCCUCAAACAAGCAACAAAUGACAUCUUUAUCGUCAUUGGUGUUAUAAAGCCAAUAACUUACUAGAAUUGAGACUUGGGUUGCUAUAGAAACAGAUUUUAGAAUGGCAAACCAACCAUUAGCAUGUUUUUCUUAGCUUUUCAGCGUUAAUCUCAUUCUUGAGAAACUUACACAGCAUGUUGUUAUAGAAUCAUAGAAUCCCUACAGUGUGGAAGCAGGCCAUUCAGCCCAUCGAGUCCACACCAUCCUCCAAAGAGCAUCCUAUCCAGACCCACCCCUCUACCCUAUCCCUGUAACCCUGUACUUCCCAUGGCUAAUCCACCAAGUUUGCACAUUCCUGGACACUUUAGGCAAUUUAGCAUGGCCAAUCUACCUAAUCUGUACGUCUUUGGACUUUGGGAGGAAACCAGAGCACCCGGAGGGAACACUCAGAGAAGGGAAGAAUGUGCAAACUCCACACAGACAGUCAUUCUGUGAGGCAGCAGUGCCAACCACUGAGCCACCGUGCCUCUCAGUUAUGUUCCAUUAUCUUGCGGAACUUACAACUUGAAAGGGUGGUGAAAAUUAAUUCAGCAGUAACUUUCAAAAGAGAACUGGAUAAAUACUUGAACAAGAAAUAUUUGGAGAGCAAAGGACAAAGUACAAGGGAGUGGGACUAAUUGAUACAGGCACAAUGGACCAAAAAGCCACCUUCUGUAUUGUAAGAUUCUAUGAAGCCUAAUUCCUCUUGAGGAGAGUUGAUUACGAAGUUCCUUCCAUCUGCAAAGUUAAAUUUAUUUUCAAAGACAGGAACACAAAGAAACUGGAUAAAUUUUUCAACCAUUCUUUUAAAGCUCAUGAUCUACUUGGCAGGUGUAGUAAUUCCUCGUGUUAAACCAGUUGUUAAAUCUGCAUGUAAAACUACUUGUCUCCUGUCUAGGUGGGCACUCCCUGCAUUAAUGUACAUAAUAUCAUGGAGCAGCAGGAACUGAAAAUAAUGUAACUCAACCAAAGCCUAAUUGUUCACGCAUUAUGACUUUGUUCUCCUGAAGCAAUGCUUGUAGCAGUCAACAUGGACUUGUGACUCAAGUGUAUUUACGCUCAUAAUAAGCAAAGAAUAGCACAAGUCAAGCCAGUUAUUACAAGGUCAGUUCAUUCCCAGGAGUACAUCUUUUCCAGUUGUGUUCAAAGCAAAAAUGUCUGCAUCCAAUAUCUCUGAACGCCCAAAUGAUGAAAGUCUCAGUCUAAUUUCUGAGAAUGUGAUUAUCAUACUUUGAAACAGCUGAAAAAUCAUUUGAAUCAUGCUUUCUUUUGUCUUUUAAAUGCAAAGGUGUGUAUGCAUCAAAACCUUCAAGUUAAUUAGCUUUCCUUAUCUAAUGUGCUUGAAUAUCUGUGCCAACUAUUAAUUUAUUUUUUGAUAAUCAAGAUGUGCUUUACUUGUUGCUCCAGAUUUCGUUCAGAUCAUUCAUUAAACAUUUACUGAUUUAAACUGAA